AUGUCUCAGCAGCGGGCAUUACCUCAGAGUAAGGAAACUUUGCUCCAGUCCUACAACAAGCGGCUGAAAGAUGAUAUUAAGUCCAUCAUGGACAAUUUCACCGAGAUCAUCAAAACUGCCCGGAUUGAAGAAGAGCAUCAAGUCUCACGCUCAACUCAAGGAGAACAGGAUAACUAUGAGAUGCACGUCCGAGCUGCUAACAUAGUGCGUGCAGGUGAAUCUCUCAUGAGGCUGGUCUCUGAUUUGAAACAGUACCUCAUUCUGAAUGAUUUUCCCUCUGUGAAUGAGGCCAUCAAUCAAAGGAACCAACAGCUGCGAACACUCCAGGAUGAAUGCGACAAAAAGCUCAUUUCUCUGCGGGACGAGAUUGCCAUUGAUCUUUAUGAGCUGGAAGAGGAAUAUUACUCCUCCAGCUACAGUGUGUGUGAGCCAAGUGACCUCCCGCUGUGUGAAGCAUAUUGGACCUGCGAAAGCCUGGACUCCUCACCUCCGGAUUUCUCUUCACCAUUGGUAUCAGCGGAGACCGCUUCCAGCAAUAACCAAAUUCAUGCAUCUCCUCACCUAAAUGGCGGAGGCAUGGUGGAACACAGCUGA